CCAAUCAGAUAACCAACAUGCUUGAAAAAGUCUAUCUUAAAACUUUCUCGCUGAUAGCUUGUGGCGCGUUUGUGGCAGCGGCCUCUCCGAUAAACGCUACACGGAGUACCUGUCAGCAAAAAUCGUACCGGGUGUACAACAACGUCGGAGUGACAUUCAUGGAAGCUUGGAGACGUUGCCAGUGGAACGGGCACCGGUUGGCCACCGUGAGCUCCGAAGCGGACAGUAAGUUGCUGGAAGCUGCGAUCGGGGCCUCAAGUAACAAAACCGGGCCCUGGUGGAUUGCCGGAACCGAUCAGGGCAGCGAGGGGAAUUUCAUUUGGAUUUCAACUAACGUUCCGGUAGGAUUUGAUACCGGGUAUGAAAAUUUCUACCCAGACCAGCCUGACAAUGCCGGCGGAGCCGAGGAUUGCAUGGAGAUUGGGCGCUGGGGUGGAGUGCGCUGGAAUGAUGCACCUUGUGGGUGGAAGCAGCGUUACAUUUGUGAACAAGUGAUGCCUAAUUUUCAAUAAAGUUUUUGUCAAAAUUAAAUACAGUCCAGAAAAAUAACCUUGAAUAUCUUGACAGUAUUCACCCGAAAUGUUCGUCAAAUUGAUCCACUAAGUCCUUUGAUAUCGUGAUAUCUUUUUU